GUCACAGAAAACUGUACCCUUCUGAAGGAAAAAUAUGAUUCGUUUUCCACAAAGGAAUACCUCAUUAAGGAAGGAAAUUUGAGCAAAGGAGCUGUUGAGAUGAUUGGCGACUUCCUGAAUGAAGAAGCUGGAUUUCAUUACUCAUUUCUGUUUUCUGUCAUGGGUCAUUUAAUCUUCUCAAAAGACAGUUUUGAUGAAAUUGUGGGUGGAUUUGAUCAACUUCCUCAAGCUUUCUUCUGGGAAAUGGUUGGAAUCGUCCAGUUUAAUUGCACUGUGGAGAAGAUACUUCGUGCUGGCAAGAAAGUGAGAGUCUUCUACAAAUGGCUGGUCAACUCUGUCCCUGCAUCUCUGAUUGCUGACUAUGUCCUUAUCACAGCUACAGCAAAGGCCACACGACUCAUCAAGUUUGUGCCACCUCUUUCAACUCCCAAGUCUCGUGCACUACGGUCUUUGAGUUAUGGAAGCACUACUAAAAUUGCCUUGGUUUGCACUGAGAAAUUUUGGGAGAACGAUGGGAUUCGAGGGGGCAGAUCGAUCACAGAUCUCCCAUCACGAGUGAUUUACUACCCAAAUCAUGACUUCCCUAAUGGAAUAGGGGUCCUUCUGGCAUCCUACACUCGGCAUUUUGACUCUGAUUUCUAUGCUGCCCUCAGUGAGGAAAAGUGUGUGGAUGUGGUAAUGGAUGACCUUGUGGAAAUCCAUCAGGUAUCUAAAGACUAUCUCAAAUCAGUUUGUGACAAAUACGUGAUACAAAAAUGGGACCUUGACCAAUAUUCGAUGGGAGCGUUCAGCACCUUCACACCAUACCAGUUUACCCAUUAUUCUUGGAUUCUGUCCCAGAAUGAAGGGAGGAUCUAUUUUGCGGGCGAACACACAACACAGCCACGUGCUUGGAUUGAGACUUCAAUCAAAUCUGCCAUAAGGGCAGCAAGUAACAUCCACAACGAUUAA